CACGUGCUAUCAGUUGAUUUUCUGCACGCCGCCAGUCCAACUAAGUUUUUGUUAUGGAUGGUCCCAAAAACAGGGCCCGGGGAUCUGCCUUCAAGUACGGACCGGCUGUUCGGAUCGGAAUCGCUGUCCUGGUCCUUCACACCGUCGGCUGGUUGGGUUGGAAGGCGGUGAAUCAGGGGGCGGAGUCCAAGGAGGCGGCAGCGAAUGCCAAACAUGAGCAACUUAAAGCGGCCCUCGCCGAAAAGUGACGUAACGAGUGGUGAUAAAUCAAUAGUUAAUAGCAAACCGCCAAAGGCUGUGAAUACGAAGUAAACAAUGAAAACACUUAACGAGAAUGUAAACACAAAACCAUUUGUUUAGAAGUCUCUCGCAGAGAGCUGGUUUACUUAAAGCUUUUACCUGAUUUUAAUCGUUAUUAAUAAAAUAAAUACGUAUAAAAAGGAAAAAA